UUUCUUCUCAGUCUACGUCUCUCUCUCUCUCUCUCUUUAAUGGCAUAGACUCAGCUUGCUAAAUUCCAUAGAAACGCUUAAUUCAAUUUCUCUAACAUUCUCUGCGAUUUAAAAGCCCGAACGAGUCCCGAGGCUUUCUCUUAACCUUUUCUUUCUCUCUUCCUCUUCUUUCUUCGAGACAAAACUAUCUUUGGUCUUUGAUAUUCAAGCAUAAUAGAGGCUUUCAUGAAGAUAGAGUAUUGAAGAAUCUGGUAAUAUUUUGGAAGCCACAGAUAAAAAUGUCUUCAGUAGGCAAAGCUGAUCAGAAGGCGGCUAUUGAUGCAGCAUCAUGGUUGUUCAAUGUUGUUACAUCCGUUGGAAUAAUCCUUGUCAAUAAGGCCCUUAUGGCUACAUAUGGUUUCAGCUUUGCUACAACGUUAACGGGCCUGCAUUUUGCCACAACUACCUUGUUGACAACUAUUCUGAGGUGGCUGGGCUAUAUCCAGGCCACUCAACUACCAUUAUCUGAGCUUCUGAAAUUUGUUUUAUUUGCAAAUUUCUCUAUUGUUGGAAUGAAUGUGAGUUUAAUGUGGAACUCUGUGGGAUUCUAUCAGAUUGCGAAACUGAGCAUGAUCCCAGUAUCUUGUUUUCUGGAAGUUGUCCUCGACCACGUGCGAUACUCAAGGGACACAAAGCUUAGCAUAAUAGUAGUUCUCCUUGGUGUUGCAGUUUGUACUGUUACUGAUGUGAGUGUCAAUGCUAAGGGUUUUAUUGCUGCAGUAAUAGCAAUAUGGAGCACUGCCUUGCAGCAGUAUUAUGUACAUUUUCUUCAACGUAAGUAUUCUCUUGGAUCUUUCAACUUAUUGGGGCAUACUGCUCCGGCCCAGGCUGCAUCUUUGCUGUUAGUGGGGCCCUUUCUGGACUACUGGUUGACGAGCAAAAGAGUUGAUACUUUCAACUAUACUUUCAUAUCCUUGGUAUUCAUCAUUCUGUCUUGCACCAUUGCAGUUGGGACCAACCUCAGCCAAUUCAUCUGCAUUGGCAGAUUUACAGCCGUAUCUUUCCAAGUCCUCGGCCAUAUGAAGACUAUUCUAGUCCUGAUCUUGGGAUUUAUAUUCUUUGGAAAAGAGGGCCUCAACAUUCAAGUAGUUGUGGGCAUGAUUGUUGCAAUAGUGGGAAUGAUCUGGUAUGGCAAUGCCUCCUCUAAGCCUGGAGGGAAAGAGCGGCGUAGCUACUCUACUGUGGGUACCAAAUCUCAAAAACACGGUGCGUUAUCAGAGUCCUCCGAUGCUGAUGAAAAGGUAUAGAAUUCAGCAAAAAGGUUGGAAACACAAGCCAGAACAAAAGAAAAAGAGAAAAGAAAAUUUGAGCCUCUUAGAUCAGUUCAUUCCGGUAGUUACUUUACACAUAUGGCUAAUCCCUUGAUUUAUUAUAUAUUUUUUCGUUUCUUUUCUUUUCUUUCACCAUAGUUCAAUUUUUACGUACUCAAAACUUACUCGAGUAAUUGGUUUUCAGUUGAAUGGGUGUAAUAGCUCCCAAGAAAGGUUACAUUGUUCCACAAUUGUUUUCAUAGUAAUUUAUUUUACUCAUUUAGUUUUGAAAA